AUGCUCCCAGCCCUGCGCUCAGCCGCCGCCGCCCGUCCGCGGGCGGCGCUGGCCGUGGCGCCUGCUGGUGCCGCCUCCACUUGGCUGGCCGCACGCUCGCAGCACACCGCCAGCUCUUCAGCAGCGUGCAGUGUCUCAUCGCUGGCGUCAGCACGGCUACACGCUCGUACAGCAGUGCCAUGGCCGGCCGUGCGCAGCGAGGGCCGCGUCUUUGCGCCGCGGCGCCCGACGCCGUUUGCGACGACGUCCAGCUGGUAUGCCGCCGGACUGCGGCAUCGCUCCGACCAGGCCUCGUCUUCUACACCACCGCCGCCGCCGCCAUCGGACCUGUCUGAGCCAAAGGCCAGCGCCAAGGUGCAGCAGGCCGCCUCUGCGCCGCCCAGCGCGCCAAAAGCAGCAGAUGCCAAGACCGGCUCGCUGCCCACGCGGCUUCUGACGCUUGCACGCGACCGGCUGCUGGCCAUGGCGUCGCAGUCAGCAGCCAAGGGCGCCGGCACUGACGCUGGCAAGGAUGCCACGCCCGCACCGACCUUUCCCGACAUCCGCCGGCUGCUCUCGCUCGCCUCGUCGCAGAAGCGGCGCAUCUUCAUUGCGCUCGGCCUGCUGAUCGUCAGCAGUGCCGUCUCGCUCUCUGUGCCCUUCGCCAUCGGCCGGCUGAUUGACUUCUUCACCACGGGCUCCUCGUCGCUCUUCGGCCUCAGCUUCCCGGCGGUGGCCGCGUGCCUGCUGGCCGUGUUUGCCAUCGGCGCCGGCGCCAAGGCCGGCAGCAACAUCAUGCUCGAGCUGGCGGGCGUGCGCAUCAUCCAGCGCAUGCGCGAGAAGGCGUACGCCAAUGCGCUGCGGCAAGAGGUUGAGUGGGCAGACAAGGGCGCCGGCGACGUCGUGAGCCGCCUGAGCGUCGACACGAACAUCGUCGGCGAGGCCAUCACCUCCGACAUCGGCGACGGCCUGCGCGCGGGCGUGACGGUGCUGUUCGCCGGCGGCGCGAUGUUCUACAUCUCCUCGCACCUGACGCUGCUCAUGCUGGCCGUCGUGCCGCCCGCGGCGAUCGGCGCCGUCUUCUACGGCCGCUACCUGCGCGACCUGACGCACCGCACGCAAGACGCCGUCGGCGCCAUGACGCGCGUGGCCGAGGAGCGCCUCAGCGGCCCUGCCUUCCGCACGAUCGCAGCGUACGGCACGCAGACGUCCGAGUCGGCGCGCUUCGCCGCCAAGGUGCGCGACAUCGUGGCGCUGCAGACGCGCGAGGCCUACGCCUCGGGCAUCUUCUACGCCGGCACGGGCCUCGUGGGCAACUGCUCAAUCCUCACGCUGCUCACCGUCGGCGGCAGCCUCGUGGCCAAGGGCACCAUCUCCGUCGGCGACCUCACGUCGCUGCUGAUGUACACGGCGUACCUCGGCGGUGGUCUCGCGAGCCUUACGUCCUUCUUCGCCUCGCUGAUGCGCGGCGUUGGCGCCGGCGCGCGUGUCUUCCAGCUCGUUGACCGCGUGCCGGAGAAGAUCCGCCUCGGCGAGGGCGCACCGCUGCCUGCGAAGCGCGGCACCAUCGCCUUUGAGGGUGUGCAGUUCGCGUACCCCAGCCGGCCGCAGCAGCGCAUCCUCGACGGUGUCGAGCUCAAGCUGGAGCCGGGAGAGUCGGUGGCGCUCGUCGGCGGCUCUGGCGUGGGCAAGUCGAGCGUGCAUGCGCUCAUGCUGCGCUUCUACGACCCGGACCAGGGCCGUGUCACGUUCAACGGCCGCGACAUUCGCAGCUUCCGGCCGGACGAGUUCCGCCAGCUGAUCGGCACGGUGACGCAGGACCCGACGCUGUUCGAGGGCACCGUGGCGGAGAACAUCGCGUACGGCACGCCGUCUGCGACGCGUGAGCAGAUCGAGGAGGCCGCGCGCAAGGCCAACUGCCAGGACUUCAUCCGCGAGCUGCCGCAGGGCCUCGACACGCACAUCGGUCCGCGCCAGCUGAGCGGCGGCCAGCGGCAGCGCGUGGCCAUCGCUCGUGCGCUGGUGCGCGAGCCGAGCAUCCUGCUGCUUGACGAGGCCACGAGCGCCCUCGACUCCGCCUCCGAGUACCUCGUCAACCAGGCCAUCGAGUCGAUCAUUGCCCAGGGCAAGAUCACCGUCUGGAUCGUGGCGCACCGCCUCAGUACGAUCAAGUCUGCCGGCACGAUCCUCGUGCUCGACAAGGGCCAGAUCGUUGAGACGGGCUCCUUUGAGCAGCUGGACCGUCCCGGCUCGCGCUUCCGAUCUCUCAUGGCUGCGCAGCUUGAGGCCUCAGGCCCCACGGCUGUCGGCAGCGAGAGCGCCAGCGACGACGCAGCUCCCAGCAGCAGCAGUGCGGCAGCGCCGGUGCGUGGCUAA